UACUUUGUAGCGAAGCUACAAAUUGGGUAAUUGCUACAUCUGCACAUGCGUCUUACUCACGGGUCAAAGGUCACAUACUCCAGAAGACCGAAGCAGGAUGGGUUUGUUUGGGAAGUCUCAGGGAAAAGACCCCAAAGAACAGGUCAGAGAAUGGACCAGCCAGUUAAGGAAGCAGGACCGACUUUUGGAUAGACAAAUUCGAGGGAUCCAGAGGGAAGAGGAGAAGGUGAAACGGUCCUUGAAGGAAGCGGCCAAGAAGGGCGACAAGGACACGUGCCGUAUCCUGGCGAAGGAGAUGGUGCGAUCGCGGAAGGCCGUCAGUAAGAUCUACACCUCCAAGGCACAGAUCAACUCUGUCUCCAUGGGGAUGAAGAACCAGCUGGGUGUACUAAAGGUGUCAGGUGCAAUGGAGAAGAGCACAGAGGUGAUGAAGUACAUGCAGAACCUGGUGAAGGUGCCUGAGAUCCAGGCCACCAUGAGGGACUUGUCCAAGGAGAUGAUGAAGGCAGGCAUUAUUGAGGAGAUGUUGGACGACACGUUUGAGUCGCUGGAGGAUGAUGAGGACCUGGAAGAGGAGACAGAAGCAGAGGUGGAGAAGAUCCUGUUUGAGCUGACAGCAGGAGCCUUGGGACAGGCACCAAGCAAAGUCACAGAUGAGUUACCGGGAGAUGAAGUUUUGGAAGGCGCGGUGGGAGGGGUGGAGUCAGAGGAAGAGGAGGAGGACAUCUCUGCCAUGCAGUCUAGGUUAGCUGCACUUCGAAGCUAGUCUUCGAGGUGGCAUUACUGCUCCAUGGGCUCAACCAGAAUCCAUCCUAUUGUAUAGAUUCUUUUGUAUUGGAAAAUCAAGGUUACCCUUGGGAAAAUGCAGACACUAUGAAAGUUAGAAGGAGCAUUUCUUUACCUAUUCUGUUUGCAAUUUCAACAAUUUGAGACUUCUAAGGUUAUGCAUUUUUCUAAAUAUAAUAUCUAAAUAUAAUGAGCAAACGUUUUCUUGUAUAUAGAUACAUUUGCUUACAUGUAGCUUAAAUCACUGACAUAGAAACCUUUGUUCUCAAGCUCUAUGCAUGGAGAUAGCGUUACGAUAGUUUAUUCACAGAGAAUAUAGCAUCACAGUCUAUGAGUGGCAUUUGAGCCAGAUAGAUAGGAGAUACUUCAACCAAAAUAGCCUGUGUACCAUCCUUGUGAGUUUUCAAUCCCUCCUACUGACUUAAACUCAGAAAAAUGGUAUGCAGGAUACUAUUUAAGGUACUUUACUACAAAAGGAAGGACAUAAAUGAACAUAAAAGAUAACCUUCAAAAUGACAAUCACUGUCAUUAGUUUUUAGAGUAAAAUAUUCUAUGACAUAGGCUUUAUACAAGCAAAAUUCACACCAUUUGUGUGAUAUGGAUAGCCGGAUCGUAGCCCUAAAACAUGCAGCCUCUCUGCACCUUUUCCAAACUGUAAAUAUUGCUUUCACUUUUAGAAUUAUUAAAGCAAGGCAUUAAUUCCUUUCUAAAUUAGCAACCAUAUUCAUGUGGAAUGCCUCCAUCUUGAAGAGAAUUUUAUAACAGAACGAAGAAAAGUGCAGAAUUAGACUCAAGUGUUUGACUAUGUUAGUUUUCCUGUAAAUAGAUUCUUGUUUUUUUCCUAAUUCUCUCAUUUUGAAAUUAGAACUCACCAACAAAGAAGAGCACAACACAAGUGUGGCUACAUAGUCAGAGCAUCUGGGAUUUGCUAUAGAAUUAAUUCAAAACAAGUUUGCUAUUGUACAUUAGUUUUACAGAAUGACAAGUUCUAAGCUUAGGUAUUGUAAAACAUUUCAGCCAUACAGCAACAGUUCCAAUGGAAAAAUCCUUAUCUGUAUCACAGCAAAUGCCCCAAUAGGCAUUGUCAGCUUAAGUGUGUGUAUAUUUCUGCAGUAUAGAUAAUGCAUCUUUGAACUUGGCCAAUAAAAGCUACUUGUAUUUGCAAA